AGCCUGAUAAGUUGAGCGUUUAGGAAAAUUAGGGUUUAGCUUUUGAAACCUUCUCUUGUCCUAACCCUAAACAGAACUUAAAGAAAGAAAAUUUCACAAAUUUUAGUUGGUUUUUAGCUGACGCCAUGGAUUUAUCACUGGAAGAUUCUGCGACUACCGCAAAACCCAAUUUUCUGAUAGGUGAAAACUACCAACUUUGUCUAAUACAAUCCCUCGAAGACCUUUUAGCUGAAACCCACAAAGAAACCCCAAAAUUUUCUGAUUUCAUUGAUAAGUUCUACUAUUUAAUGCACGCAAAGAUUGACCCACCGCUGGAAUCCAUUUGGGUAUACUCUGCUUUGUCGUUUCGAAGCCAUAAUUUUGGAAGUAAAGAUCCUUUGAAUGGAUUAUCUAUCAUAAAGGAUCUCUUUCAGUUAGUUUCUUCGUGUUCAAGUCCCUCUAAUUCUUUCAAAAGCAUAGCAUUAGUUGCUCCAAUUGUUUUUGAGGUUUAUAAAUUAGUUGUGGAAGUACUAGGGAAGGACUUGGGUUCAAAGAGAGAGAAGACAGUGAAUAAAAAGGUGAAGUGUUUGGUUGAAGUGAUUAUUGGCUAUAUAAGCAUGUGCUGUUGUAAGGAUUUGAGUAAGGAAAGUGAAGGUAUUGAUGUGAAUUUGGUAAUUCCGGUUGAGGAUUUGGUUUCUAUUUGGAUGGAUAGGAAUGUAAAUUUACAAUCCUUUUUCCCUCUGGUUGGUGAUGAAAUUUAUAGAAUGAAUAGUAAAAGAGGUUUCGAUGUUAAUUACUUGGCUGGUGUGGUUAUGGUGGAAGCAUUUUUGUUGAAACUUUGCUUGGAUUUGAGGCUUGGGACUGAAGGGAUGGUGCUGGAGAAAGAGUUGAGAAGUUGGGCGGUUGCUUCAAUUUCCAGCUUUCACAACUUUUAUUUCUUCGAGAUACUUCUGAGGAUGUUGCUGCAGCCAGCUUUGCCAGUGACUGCCUUGCUGGGACCUGAAGAUGGAGUUCUGCUGAGAAAUAUUCUGUAUGAUGCUGUUAUUCUGGUGGAGUAUUCGUUCCUCAAGUCAGAGACAGUUCACCUAUCAGCAGAGCGUGUAAAAAGUAUUUGCAUGACAAGACUGAUUGUCACGCUUGAAGCCAUUGAGUUAUUCAGAAAGAAUGGGGAUCAAAAUAGAGCUACUCACUAUACAAGUGCCUUUGCCAAUUCCUGUUUACCUUCUCAAAUAACCAAAUGGAUCUCAUGCCUGAUUGGCAUGGAUGAGAAAGCGAGAGGAAUAAGUGGAUCCUCACCUAAAGCUCUUAUAAAGUGCCUACUGAACCUUGAGAAACAAGGGAUAAAAGUAUUUGAUGAUGGCAUGAAAUACCAUGCCAAAUUACAUGUUGAUGAUUCCAAGGCAGUCUCCGAGCAAUCAGCAUCAAAGGUAGAGCAGAAGAAACUUGAGGAUGAUCCUCUUUUUUACCUUGAUGCAAAAGGAGAAGCUGAAGAUGAAGAUGAAGAAAAUGAAAUGAAAAAUGAAUCUAUGACAGCGGCAUUUGUGGCUGCUGCCCAUUCAAUGAGGCUGGUAGAUAGCUCCAGGGGAAAAAGGAAAGGAAGUGGGAGUGAAGGAAAGGAGAAGAUCAAGUAUUUUAAGUAUGAUCUUUCCAGCAACUCUAAUUCAGCUAAAGAGAAGGUCUCAGGCUGGGCAUCAGGCUCGGCCUCAGCCUCAGCUGCCACCGAUGAUGAUUUGAGUAGUGAGAGUGAGGUUGAGAACCCUGUCAUGUAGGAUUUCAAUUGGCACAUGCCAAUGCCAUGAUGAUAUUAAUCAUUUGACAUGUGGCAUCAUAAAUGGCAGGUUUUGAUUGGUUAAUGGACAGGUCGCUGUUUUUAAGGAUGCCCCUUUCUUAAAAGGAACAUAUAUCUAAGUACCACAUCUUUUUUUUUUGUCUUGUUUAAGCAGUACCAAAUUUAUAUAUUUCAUGAUAUAAUUUAGAAAGCAAUGGUGCGUUUAACCCAAAAAAGUAGAAAGAAAUCCAAAAGAAAUUUAUGCUCAAGUUAAUUUACAACGACUUAUCAAAUGUGUAACAAAUUAUUU